AGGACAUGGGGUUAGAGAUGGGAUGGGGUGUGGACCCGAACUUCCGGCUGGAGCAGUUUGCCACGGAAAAUGAUGUACAUGGCGACAGGGAGGUGAGUUGUAACGAGUGCUGCUACUCCUUUUUCGACUCUUUGUGUGGUAUCCAGCCUGAGGCUCGAGAUCUGAGACGGGAGGCUGCUGGUAAUGGGGCUGUGAUUGUGGAAGACAAUGAGAUGGCGGCUGUGUAAUCUGUAUAGUGAUGAAGUUGGUCUUUCGAGGGAAGCAUAUUGCAG